CAGAGGAGGCGCACAGGGGGAGGCGCACAGAGGAGGCGCACUGGGAUGGCGCUCCGCAGAGUCUCGACGCACCUGGGCCUGUUCCAGAGAGUUCUCCUGAAGGCCUGUAUUCAGACUCAAAGAGCCGCCAAAGGAAACUGUCCAGUGAAAGUGACUCAUCUGGACCAUCUGGUGCUCACGGUCAGGAGUGUCCCCCGCACCGUCCACUUUUAUUCAUCUGUUCUUGGGAUGGAGGUCAUUACUUUUAAGGGCGACCGUAAAGCUUUGGGAUUUGGACGACAGAAGUUUAACCUCCACGAACUCGGCAAAGAGUUUGAGCCUAAAGCCAAGAGUCCGACCCCGGGGUCCGCUGACCUCUGUCUCAUCACUCAAACGCCUUUGGCAGCUGUGGCCGCUCACCUCAAAAUUUGUGGAGUUAAAAUUGAAGAAGGUCCAGUUGAAAGAAGCGGAGCGAUGGGCCCCAUCACCUCAGUGUACUUCAGAGACCCUGACCAUAAUCUCAUAGAAGUGUCAAACUACGACCAAUAAAUGAAA